UUCAACUGACAUCUCCGGAGAGAGACAGAGAGCCGGCCCGCUCUUCAGCCCCGCCGACAUGAGCAAGGACGCGUUCAUCCUCCCCGAGGACUUCCCCCAGCUCCAGAACGAUACGUUCCUGCGAGCAGCACGAGGAGAAGCAACUGAACAUGUCCCCGUCUGGUGUAUGAGGCAGGCUGGAAGAUACCUACCAGAGUUUCGUGAGUCCAGAGCUGGGAAGGACUUCUUUGAGACAUGCCGGUCACCAGAGGCCUGCUGUGAGCUCACUCUACAGCCUCUGAGACGUUUCCCCUUCGACGCUGCCAUCAUCUUCUCUGACAUCCUGGUGAUCCCACAGGCGAUGGGUAUGGAUGUCCAGAUGGUGGCAGGUAAAGGUCCCACGUUCCCAGACCCCCUGAAGGAGCCAGAGGACCUGCAGCGCCUGCAGGCCAAAGUGGACGUGGGCAAAGAGCUGGGCUACGUCUUCAACGCCAUCACGCUGACCCGACACAAGAUCGAGGGCAAAGUGCCGCUCAUCGGGUUCACUGGAGCUCCGUGGACGCUGAUGUCCUACAUGAUAGAGGGCGGGGGCUCCAAGACCUUCUCUAAAGCGAAGCGUUGGCUGUACAGACACCCUGAGGCCAGCCACAUGCUGCUGAGGAUGCUGACAGACGUGAUUGUGGAGUAUCUGCUGGGACAGGUGGCAGCUGGAGCUCAGGCCCUGCAGGUGUUCGAGUCUCACGCCGGCAUUCUGGGGCCAGACGAGUUCGAAGCGUUCUCUCUGCCGUACCUUCGAGACAUCGCCCGCUGCGUCAAAGAGAAACUCAAAGAGUCGGGCAAGGACGUUCCCAUGAUUGUGUUCGCAAAGGAUGCUCACUAUGGUCUGGAGGCUCUGUCUCAGUCUCAUUAUGAGGUGGUCGGGCUGGACUGGACCAUCGACCCACGAUCGGCACGGGAGCGCACAGGAGGGAAGGUCAGCCUGCAGGGAAACAUGGAUCCUUGUGCUCUCUACGCUCCAAAGGAGCGCAUUUCCGACAUCGUGAAGAAGAUGCUGGAGGGCUUCGGCACGAGGGGCUACAUCGCCAACCUGGGCCACGGCCUCUACCCGGACAUGGACCCGGAGAACGUGGGCGCCUUCGUCGAAGCCGUGCACCUGCACUCCAAACGGAUGGUCAAACAAAUGUAACGGUGGUUCUGGAUCGGGGCGGGGGGGGGGGGGGGGAAUGUACAAUAAAGCAUUUUGUUUUUAUUAUUAAAAUCUAAAACAUUUCCAGCUUUACGUCUGUUUUCAGAAUUUUAAUAAUCCAAUAAAUAACGAAAUAUGAAUUUACUACAAUGUGGAUUUUCAGGAUAAACCAGAUUUUGGUUGUCGAAGACGAGAUUUCCUGUCAUCAUAUAAUAAACAUAUUGGUUUAUGUGUUUC